CGCAGUGGCCGCAGUAUCCAGGCUCAGAUCGCAGCCGGAGUGUGAGCAUCUCCCCGGCCAUGGCAUCCCCCGGCGACCAGAGCGGGGUGGGCGGGCACCUGCUGGAGGUGGGCGGGGCCUCGCUCACCUGGAACACCUGCAGCACCUGUCCCAGGUCCGGCCCCGGCAAUGCGCUGACUCCGGACACCCCCAGCCUCCCAGUCUCCCCCAGCCCGCUCCCCCAGGUACAGGUCACCCUGCCAGCCGGGAACAUGGGGGGCAAGCGCUUCAACAAACUGCUGUCCCAUGUCAGGAGACUGCCCCACAAAUACCACCUGCUGGGGGGCAGCGAGCUCAAGGCAGAGCUGGAUGAACAAUGCGAGCUGAAGUCGGUUGAGCAAGACGAUGAUGUCAUUCCUCUGGCCGCAAAGGAAGCGAGCCGGCUAAGCGAAGAGGAUCUGAUUAAAUAUUUACACGUGGACCCAAGCAGUGGGCUCUCCGAGUGCGCUGUGCUGCAGCGGAGGACGAAGCAUGGCUGGAACGAGUUCCAAAUGGACAGUGGAGAGCCAGUAUGGAGGAAAUACCUUGGGCAGUUUACAAACCCUCUCAUCCUGUUGCUGCUGGGUUCGGCACUUGUGAGUGUUAUAACCAAGGAAUACGAGGACGCAGUGAGCAUUACAGUGGCAAUCCUGAUCGUGGUUACAGUGGCCUUUGUCCAGGAGUAUCGCUCAGAAAAGUCUCUCGAAGAGUUAAAUAAGUUGGUUCCUCCAGAAUGCAACUGUGUUCGUGAUGGCAAAUUGCAGCAUCUUCUGGCACGGGAACUGGUUCCUGGGGAUGUAGUGUGUUUGACCGUCGGUGACAGAGUUCCGGCCGACGUCCGGCUGAUAGAGACCACAGAUCUGUUAGUGGAUGAAUCCAGCUUCACUGGUGAGACGGAGCCCUGCAGCAAGACCCAUGGUGCGGUGGAUGAAGCCAGUGGCAUUGCAACGCUUAGUAACAUCGUCUUCAUGGGGACACUUGUUCGAUACGGGAAAGGAAGGGGUCUGGUCAUUGGCGUGGGAGAAAAGUCUCAGUUUGGAGAGGUGUUCAAAAUGAUGCAAGCAGAAGAGACGCCUAAAACUCCACUGCAGAAGAGUAUGGACAAAUUAGGGAAACAGCUCUCUCUCUUUUCCUUUGGUAUUAUAGGUAUAAUAAUGCUGAUUGGCUGGCUCCAAGGAAAACCCCUCCUCAGCAUGUUUACUAUUGGAGUGAGUUUAGCUGUUGCCGCUAUUCCCGAAGGCCUGCCCAUUGUGGUCACGGUCACUCUUGCCUUGGGCGUAAUGAGAAUGGCCAAAAAAAGAGUGAUUGUCAAGAAACUGCCAAUAGUCGAAACACUGGGCUGCUGCAAUGUAAUCUGCUCAGACAAAACAGGAACUCUGACAGCCAACGAAAUGACAGCAACCAAAAUAGUCACCUCCGAUGGAUUUCACGCAGAGGUGACAGGCGUUGGGUAUGAAGGGAAAGGAAGUGUCAAUGUGUUGCCAUCGAAUGAAGAGGUUCGAGAGUUCUCCAAUGUGUCCAUUGGAAAGCUGGUGGAGGCCGGGUGCAUUGCCAACAAUGCCAUCCUCCAGAAGGACGCACUCAUGGGUCAGCCGACGGAGGGAGCGUUGCUGGUCCUUGCUAUGAAGAUGGGGCUGGGGAAUGUCCGCGAGAGCUACGUGCGGAAGAAAGAAAUCCCAUUUAGUUCCGAGCAGCGAUGGAUGGCUGUAAAGUGUGCAGAUAAAACCGAGAAGCAGGAGGACAUUUAUUUCAUGAAAGGCGCCUUUGAAGAAGUCAUCCAGUACUGUACGACUUAUAACAGCGGUGGGAUGGCCUUACCUCUCACACCACAGCAGAAGUCCACUUACCUUCAGGAGGAAAAAAGUAUGGGAAUUCAAGGACUGAGAGUUCUUGCUCUGGCGUCCGGCACAGAGCUGGGAAAACUCAUGUUCCUUGGACUGGUUGGUAUCAUUGACCCACCUAGAAGUGGGGUCAGUGAGGCGGUUCAGAUCCUCUUGGAGUCAGGCGUGUCUGUGAAGAUGAUCACCGGGGAUGCCCUGGAGACAGCCCAAGCUAUCGGAAGAAGCAUUGGUUUGUUCAAUGGGCACCUUAAGGCCCUUUCAGGAGAUGAGUUGGACCAGUUGAGUGAAGCCGCACUGCCAGGAGUCGUUACAAAGGUGGCUGUGUUCUACAGGACAAGCCCAAAGCACAAGCUGAAAAUUAUUAAGGCUCUGCAGCAUACAGGUGCCAUCGUUGGAAUGACAGGAGAUGGCGUCAAUGAUGCCGUAGCUCUGAAAUCAGCAGACAUCGGCGUGGCAAUGGGGAAAACCGGCACGGACGUCAGCAAAGAGGCGGCCGAUAUGAUUCUGGUGGACGACGAUUUCUCUACCAUUAUGAGCGCCAUUGAGGAAGGAAAGGGAAUCUUUUACAACAUCAAAAACUUUGUCCGCUUCCAGCUGAGCACGAGCAUAUCUGCUUUAAGCUUAAUCACCUUAUCAACAGUCAUGAACCUGCCAAAUCCGCUAAACGCCAUGCAGAUUCUCUGGAUUAACAUCAUUAUGGAUGGACCACCAGCUCAGAGCUUGGGGGUCGAGCCUGUCGAUAAAGACGCCAUUAAACAGCCGCCCAGGAACGCCAAAGAACCCAUCCUCAGCAAGGCCCUACUCCUGAAGAUCUUCCUCUCCGCCGCCAUCAUCAUCAGCGGCACGCUGUUUGUGUUUUGGAAAGAGAUCCCAGAUGGAAAGGUGACACCCAGGACCACAACAAUGACUUUUACCUGUUUUGUAUUCUUUGAUAUGUUUAACGCGUUAUCCUGCCGGUCACUGAAUAAAACUAUAUUUGAGAUCGGCUUUUUCAAGAAUCGAAUGUUCUGGUUAUCGGUGUUUGGGUCGAUCCUGGGCCAGAUGGCUGUAAUUUAUAUCCCUCCCCUACAGAAGGUUUUUCUAACUCAAAAUCUACAUGCUUUGGAUCUGCUGUUUUUAACGGGACUGUCGUCUUCCGUAUUCCUGGUGUCAGAACUUGUAAAAUUCUGUGAGCAGCAAUGCUGUCGGAAGAAACCCGUGAAGGUUCUGGAGGAAGAAAUUUAACUAGCACUUUCUAGCGGCCUGUCUUCACCCUCGUCGACCUGUGUUGCGCCACUGUGACCCGUCCCUUCCCAUGUGAUUUCCAAUAUCACUUGGCAAUGCCAUGUACUGUUUACGUAUUUAUGUAAAGUUGGCACUUACUGUGUUUAAUGGGAAAAACAAACAUUUAUCUCAAACAGACUUCCAAAAAUGUCACGCAUAUUUUUAUUUUUUUUUGAUCAGCUGCAAUUAAUUACCCACAUCAUCAAUACUUUUUUUGUAUUUUAUAAUUCAUUUUAAAAUAAAGACUAAUCAUUUAUUUUUUAACAAUGAAAAACAA